GUGUAAGGUGGGUGUGUGUAUGUGUACGUGAGUGUCCGCGAGAGGGGGAGGGUGCGUAACUGUUUUUCGUUUUCUUGUAACAUAACUUAAACAUAGAUAGCAUCGGUUGCAAAAACCCCAAAGAACUCAUUAAUGAAAACUCCGAAAAAUUCGACUUUGUGUGUGUUCGUGCGAUACAGCGAGAAAGAGAGAGAUGCUUUACUUUUGUUGAUACACCGUUUGUACAUGUGCGUGUGUGUGUGCGUGUCUGCGCCUCUCAGUUUGUGACGAAAUGUGUAUAAAAUGUUUAUGUUUAUGUUUUUCCCCACCCCCUCACAUGCACAAACAUAUUUAGGCGCCGCAUAAAUUUCGAGUGAAAACGAUCGGCAAAAACAACAAAUCCCACCAUAAAGUGGCGAAGCAACAACAAUAUAAGAGCCGGACCCAAAAAACAAACGACAAAAACAAAUACAAAAUCAUCGAAGCCCGUAAUUAAAGGUCGGCAGAUGGGCGGCCAACGGAACUACGUGCCCUCCGCUGGCCACUCUUCCCGUGGUUGUUGUUGUUGCCCUUCCAGUUGCAGUACCCGUUGCAGUUGUUGUUGUUGCAGUUGCAGCGGACCAUCGGACGCAGCGCAGUGAGAGCGAGUGGAACGGCAAGCGAGCGCCACUAAAGGUGCGAGCGAGAGCCCUUUAAAAUGGUCUCGAAGAAGCGUUCCAAUGCCGCCGAACGUGUCCAGCGCUCGACGGCGACUGCGGCAGCGGCGGCAGCAGCAGCGGCCGCUGCAGUGGCGUCCUCAACGCAGGGCAAGAAACGGCCCGGGAAGCAGGCGAAAACCUCCAGCGCUGCCGGCGAUGAAGCAGAGGAGAAAAAGUCAAGCAGCAAGUCGGAUUCGGCAGCCAAGAAGCCAGCCAAGGAUCCCACAGCGGGGUCAUCGGGAUCAGUCACUGGCCCAGAAACAUCCACUGGAUGUGGAGGCGGAAAACCCACAGCCUCAUCAACUGCCUCGGCCUCGGCAUCAACCUCCGCCUCCGCCUCCGCCUCCUCCACUAUCACAGCCGCCACCGCCACCGCCAGCACAUCCAACAGCUUGAAACUGUCGCCCGAGGAGCGACACGAGGAUGGCAAGGCGCGAGCCAUUAACAAAAUGCUCAAGAGCCUGGACAUUAAGAUCCAUGGGUUCGACAACCUGCUGCCCAGCGGCGAGGAGCGGCUCAACGAGGGCGUGCUCAAGUCCUCCAUUUCGGAGAAUGUCAAGACCAAGUCGCGGGCAGCGGCGGUCAAGGUGAUAUCCAGCCUGAAUCCCGGCAAGCUGCCGGCUGUGAAGCGUGUGCGUCCCUCCCCGGAGCCAGUUAAGGAGAAGAUUGUGGUCGAGAAGUCUGGCGAGAAGGUGCCCGAUAAGGACAAGGCCAAGUCGGAGCAGGAGAUUACCCCAUCCGCUGCUGCCGCCGAAGAAUCUCUGGCUUCCAAGGUGCCCAAAAAGACAGUGCAGCAGGUCAAAAAGACAAAGGUGGAUCCAUCGCCGUCGUCAUCGCCACAAACGCCAGCUGCAACGACAACUUUGGUGGGUACAAGCUGCGCCACUUCCAAGCAGGCGGCCGCCAAGAAUCCCGGCAAGAAACCGACGCAGGCAGAGCAGCCGAAGAAGGAGCCACCACCACCCAAGCCGGCCAAAAUGGUUAAGCCGAAGAAGGCAACGCCAGGUCAAGAUGCCAACACGCUGAAGAGCGCUUCCCGUCUGCCGGACUCCAAUACGGAAUCCGUGCAAAUGGAGCUGGAGGAGAUUGUCAGCAUGCCAACGGCCACGCCUACGGCUACACCAACGCCCACACCUGCUGUCACACCAACGCCAACGGCUACACGCACUCCCACUCCCACUCCCACACCCACAUCCACACCGACAAUCACAUCCAAUGCCACGGAGGCAGGACAUCCGGCUCCACCGCCACCACCAUCACCAUCAAACUCAACGGCAGCAGGUGCAGCCAAACAGCGACCCAAGGUGAAGUACACCAAGACCUCGGCGGGAUCGAAGGGUCGAGUGCAGCAGGCGCUGCACCAGAAGGCACCGACUUCCUCCUGGAGCGGAGCCAAGGAUAUAUACGACUUCAAGUCGGGAUCGGAGGACGAGGAGCCUAUCAAGAUGGUGCUGCCGUCGCUCAAGGAGCUGCGCGAAUUCUCCGAUGAGGAUAACAAGCCACUCAAGCUGUUCGAGCGCGAGAAGCAGGAAAAGCUGGAAAAGAAGGAGAAGCAGGAAAAGCAGGAAAAGCAGGAGAAGCAGGAAAAGCAGGAGAAACAGGAGAAGGCCAGAAGUCAGCCAGACGAGGAGGAGCAGCCCUUGGUCAAAAAGGAAGAGAAGGAGGUGAAGGUGAAGUUCAAGGAGAAGGAAGUGGAUCCCUUGAGCAAUGCACAGCAGUCCGAACCAGCAGCCAAGAUCACCAGCACUCCGGCCUCCACGUCGUCGGGCAAAAAGCAAGCCAAGCGCAAGCUACCCACUCCCACGCCCACGCCCACGACUUCUAUGCGCAAGAAGAAGGCGGUGGCCAAGGGCAAGGCCGCUGCGACAAAGGAGCCACCUGCCAGCGCCAGUUCCGCGGACAGCAGCUCCUCCGAGGACGAGCGGAAACUGAGUGCCUACACCGGGCCCAAGCGCCACCGGAUGGCCUCGCUAAAUGCGCUGGCCAAGGUGCAGUGCCUGUACGAGAACGAAUCGCGCACUGCCCACGAACUGGGUCUGUCCAAGGCCACGCAGCAGCCGCCGCGCAUCCGCACGCUGGACGGGAGCGACGAUGACAACCACAAGGAGUCGCCGGACAGGGAUAAGGGUUCGGUGACACCGCCGCACACGUCCGCCGCUGCCUCGGCCGCCCAGCCGAGUGCUCCGGCGCCCAAGGAGGCGGAGCCGCGCCGCGAACUGCGCUAUGUGCCCGGUGGCCGCGGUGUGGGCAAGCACUGGGAGUUCGACAGCGACAGCGAGACGGAGGAACUGCAGCUUCAGCAGACCCUGCCGCCGGUCAAAAAGAAGAAGCUGCCCAAGAAGGCGCCGCCCAAGAAGACUGCCGCCAGCGAGGCGGCCGAGGCCAAGCGUAAGAAGAAGCUGGCGCAGAUCGAGGACAGCGAUGAGGAGGGCGGGGCCAGGGAGAAGGAGCGGGAGCGGGAGCGGGAAAAGCCCAAGCCGCCCAAGCAGUUGCCCAAGAAGCGCAAGACCGCCUUCACCGAAGAGCUGAUCGGCGACUACAAGGGCAUCCUGGCCAGAAAGCGAAUGGCCAGUCUGAAUGCCAGCGCAAUUGUGGCCGCCACCUACGAGGUGGAGCGGCACCUGGACAAGAACUUGGCCAGCGAUUGCAGCAGCUUCGAGAGCUACGACGAGCUGGACACCAUGCCCACCACCACCACUACCAACACCACCACCACCACCAAUACGAGCAGCAGCAAGGCCACAACGUCGGUUCCAAUCAAAACCGAACUGAUCCACAUCAAAAAAGAGCCAAAGGAAUCGAUACGCGAGCGGGAAAGGGAGUGCGAGCGGAAGAGGGAGCGCGAGAUGGAGCUAAAGGACUCCACUGCCGGCAAGAUGUCCAGCCAUUCGAUCAUCGAGGAGAGCAACGACUCCAAGUACUCGAAGGAGACCAAGGAGACGAACACGGACACGACCAUAACCACCACCGGCUAUCGCGAUUCGACGGCCAGCACCAAGGAUGCCAAGGACUGCAGUCGGCCCACCUCCUCGUCGGUGGUCAUUGUCCAGGACACGGACGUGACCAUCACCGGCGUCUACGUGAACGCCAGCAACGGGGCCGCCCAGGAGGCCUACUGCAAGAUGCAGUACCGCGUCCAGUCGAGCGUCACCGAGGAGCGCGUCCUGCGGCCAGGCUCCGUGGAGCCGCCCAAGUCCUACACGCCGCUCAGUGCCCUCUCCAGCAUGCUGCCGCCGGGUGCUAGUUCCGGACUAAGCGAAGCCCACAGCUCGCCGCCGCUGCCUGUCCAUGCAGUGCCAGCGGGUCCGCAUGUCCUGCUGCCCGGCGAGCACCUCAGCGCCGGGAUGUACCACGCCCCCGAUCUCGGCCUGCACACGGAGCACGCCCUGCCGGACCACCAUGGUCCGCCGCCGCCCUCGUACGCUGCUGCAGCCGCAGCUGCCGCGGCCGCCGCCGCCUACCACGCCCACCAGCUGGCUCCGGGCGGCGGAGGCGUGCUGCACAUGCACCACCAGCACCAGUACGCCGCCCACGCGGCUCACGCCCAUCACUACCAGCAGGCGGCCGAGUACCAUGGCGGUCCGCCGCCACCACAUCACUACGGAGGUCCGCCGCCACCGCCCCAGGGCCACUAUGGACCGCCGCCGGGAGCACCCGUUCCGGUGCCGGUUCCCGUUCCCGUUCCCCUCUCCCUGCCCGUUCCCGUUCCCAAUCCCGGUGCCGGACCCGACCGCUGCGACGUGGGAUCGCCACCGCCGUCGUAUCGCGCCAGUGCAUAUCCGCCGCCGUCGAGUGUGGGCAUGCCGCCACCCACAUUGGGCGGUGGGUCGAGCGCCUUCUGUGCCCCCAGUCCGCUGCACCAUCACCAGCACCAGCAUCAACACCAGCAGCCGGGACCAGGAGUUGGGCCCCCGCACCACGAUCCCAGUGGCUACUAUCAGCCGGCUGGACCGCUGAUCUCACCGCAUGUGAUCGCCGCCCCGCCGCCGCCGCCCGCGCAAGUGAAGAAGCUGCAGGAGGAGGACGGCGCCGCCCCCGUCGUCGGUUCGCCCACGCAGCAGCAGCAUCAGGCGGCCGCCGAAGCCGCUGAUCAGUCGCAGGCACCGUCGCACGCGCACGCCCACGUACACGGCCACGCCCACAAUCCGCAGCAGCAGGCGCAGCACCCGCCGCAGCCACAGCCGUAUCCGGCCAGUGCCGUGGCGGCCGCAGCCGCUGCAGCAGCCGCCGCCGCCCACCAGGGCGUGCCCUACUCCCGCUCGAUGCACGCGGCCCAGAUGCACUACUCGACCGCCUAUCCGCCCAACUACUACGCUCCAUACCCGGGCGAGGUCAUGUGCUACUCGCCGCCCACCUACCAGCCCUACUUCUCGAGCAAGGUCUACCAGCCGUCGCACGCCGGCCAUCCUGCCGCCCAUCCGCAGGUUCCGCCGCCGCCGCCGGGCGCCUACCGCCGCUACCCCUACUAUCAGCACACUGGUCCGCCGCCACCGCCGCACGAGCUCUACGAGCAGCAGCAGCAGCAGCAGCAACAACAACAACAGCCGCCGCCACCGCCGCCGCCCGUCUCGUCCGGUCCGCCGCCGUCGCAGCAGCAACAGCAACAGCAGCCGCAGCCGCCCACCAGCAGCAGCAGCGGCAGUUCGGGAGCAGCAGGAUCAGCAGGAGCAGCGGGUGUACCAGCUGGCAGCCAGCUGGUCCCAGCCCACCAGCAGCAGCAGCAGCCUCAGCAACACCAUCAGCAGCAGCAGCAGCACCUGGAGCACUACCCCGGACCGCCCAGCUACUACGCCGGCUACAGUCCCGGCGGAGGAGCCGCCUCCGGCCAGUGCUACACGCGCAGCCUGCAAGGACCGUAUAUGGAGUAUCCACCGCAGUGUCCCUGUCCAAUGCCACAAUCGUGUCCAAAAAACGUCCAUACUGGGCCUCAUAUUGGUAGCAACAUCAUCAGCAACAUCGACCACCAGAGCAGCAGCAAGAACAGCAGCAGCGGCAGCAGCAGCAGCAGCAAUAUGUUGCUGAGUGCCUCGAGCAACAGCAAUACCAGCAGCAGCAGCAACAGCAGCAACAACAGCAGCGCCAGCAGCAGCAACAGUACUUUGACUGCCUGCAGCAGCGCUACGACAACAACUACAGCGUCAGCGUUGACUACCAGUAGAGGCCCAGUGAAAAAUGUGACCCCCAACAAAAGCGACAGUGGCAGCAACACCAACAGCAGCACCAGCAGCACCAGCAGCAGCUGCAACACCAGCAACAGCAGCAACAGCAGCAGCCAGACAAGUGAGAUGACCACGCGGGCAACAGCAGCAACCAAUACGAACACGACGGCAACCACCGCCACCACGGGCACCCAGUGCCAGAUGCUCGUCAAGACGGAGCUCCAGGGCGAACAUCCGAAUCCGACUCAAAAUCCAAAUCCCCAGUUGACCAAGAUGCAGUACGAGGCGCACGUGAUGCCGCCGCCCACGCCGCCGGAGAGCUACUGUGCCAGCGACGAGAAGCUGCUCGACGAUCAGGAGCAGGAGGCCGAACUGGAGUUGCGCCUGCGUCUGGGUCUGCGGCUGGAAAAGCAUCAGCAGCAUCAGCAGCAGCAUCAGCACAUCGAGGCGUACGACCUCACCUGCAGCACCCCGCCCCCAGUCAACAGCGUCCCUCAAGCGGCGACGGCAGCAGCAGCAGCAGCAGCAGGAAUGCCGCCGCGCAAGGCGAGGAUCGGCAAGAGCAUGGCCAGAGAGAUGGUCUAUGCAGCCCAGCAGCAGCAGCAGCAGCAGCAGUUGCAGCAGCUGCCGGAGAAGCAGUUAAAGCAGCCGAAGGAAGCGGAUGCGGAGGCGGGACCAGAGUUGCCUUUCGUACUUAAAGCGGAAAUCAAAGCCGAAACCAAAAUCAAAAUCGAGCACGAUGGCGAAACCCAGCAGGAGGUCAGCACACAUAUCAGCCAACUGCCGGACCUCAAGCCCACCAUCAAAACGGAGCCAGAGCAGGAUCAAGAGCAGGAUCAAGAGCAGGAUCAGGAGCAGGAAGUUACUCCUCCUGUGGCCAAAACAGAGGAGGAGCUGGAAAAGGAAAAGGAGAACGAGAAGGAGAAGCCCGGUGGCAGCAAGCAGCGGAUCAACCUGCUGGCCUCCAACGGUGGCAACAAGAAGACCAAGACGAAGCACAGCUACAAGAGCCUGAUCAAACAGGCCGAGCCCAAGGACUACCUGUGUCCCGGCCGUCGGUUCGUCCGUCGCCACGGCCGUGCCCCGGCCAAGUACGCCAAGCGGCGUCAGAUGAUCCUCACGCAGCGGCAGCAGCAGCGCAUGCGUUUGCAGCGACGCGAGCAGCAGCAACAGCGACGCCAGCAACGCGAAGCGGCGGCGGCAGCAGGAACAGCAGCUGCAGCAGCAGCAGCACAAGAAGCUUCUCCAAAGGUAACGCCUUCAGAGGCCGGAACCGAAGCGGCCGUCAUGCAGGAACAGCAGCAGCAGCAGCAGCAGCAGCAGCUCAGCAGCUCGGCCACGCCCAGUGCCUCGCCGAAGAGGGCGCGGCCGCGAAAGCAAGAGAUUGCCGCUCUCCAUCUGCUCGAGGGUCUGGACACGGCGCUGAGUCGGGGAUACUUCAGCGAUCCGGAGCUGAACCACAGCAGUCGCAAGCAGGCGCCAACGGCGGUGGGCGGUGGCCUCUAUGCCGCCGCCUCGCCGCUGACCCUGGCCCCCGACGAUCAACGGGGCAAGCAGGGUCCCGCCGCCGAGAAGCGUUCCAAGUCGGAGACCAAGAAGCCGCCGGCGGAAGCCGCUUCCCUGCCGCCCUGCAAGAAGCCACGCAAACAGGCCGCCGCCGGUCCAAAGACCAAGAGCAAGGGCAAGAAGUCUACAGCGGGAGCGGGAGCGGGAGCAGCUGCAUCCACGGCAGAGACACAAACGCAAACAGCUGUCAAUCAGGAGACCAACAACAAUGAGUACCAGACGGCAGAUCUGCAGGCUCAAAAGCUCAGUGAGUCGCCGUCAGCGAAUGUCGGCGAUGCAACAGCAACAGCAACAGGAACAGCAACAGCAACCUCCCAACAGCAGCAACAUUCCGAUGAGCAGCAUCAGUUUCUGGUGCCCAAUCAGCCGGCGGUGGCUGCCGUCCAAGCAACCGCCAUUCCUCAUCCGCCCAAUCGUCAAGGUCAGACGACGACGUCUACGACGACGACGACUACGACGACGACGCACACGAAGCGGGCUAGAUCGCGUUGCAAGUUCGGCAAUCGCAAGCGCCAGAGGCAGCGACCCGGUGGCGUCAGCUACGAACUGGAUGUGACCCUGCCGCCGGCCACCAAGGCCAAUGUGGUGCCCAAGUGGAACAACGGAUGGAUGUGGUCGGGCAAGGCCUACCAGGGUGCCGUCUUUUUAAACAGUGACGAUCCGCUGGUGCUGCGCACCUGCUACGAUGCCAUGCGGCAUGUGGAGGGCGACAUCAUCCGGCUGCGGGACUGUGUGCUGCUCAAGGCCAACGAGGACAACGAGCUGCCCUAUGUGGCCAAGGUGGCGCACCUCUGGCAGAACCCAGAAGACGGGGAGAUGAUGAUGUCGCUGCUGUGGUACUAUCGGCCGGAGCACACUGAUCAGGGACGGCAGCGCAACGAUUGUCCGGACGAGGUUUAUGCCUCCCGGCACCGCGACCACAACUCGGUGGCCUGCGUCGAGGACAAGUGCUAUGUGCUCACCUUCAGCGAGUACUGCAGGUAUCGUCGCCGCCUGCGUGCCGCCGAGGAGGAUGUGGAAGACGUGAGCAUCGUGCCGCGAAGGCCAACCAGUACCAGUGGCACUGGCACCGUUCCCAGGCAUUCGGUGAGAACGGUGCCGGAGCACACCAAUCCGGAGCUGGUCAUGUUCUGCCGCAGAGCCUACGAGUUCCGGACGCGACGUCUGCUCAAGCUGCCCCAGAAGAACGGGCUGGUGUGCGGCUCCAGCUAGCGCAAGGCAUGAUAGAUGAACUUUGGAGCGUAGGAACAGAACAUUAACUAGCUUAAAUUCGGAAUGCGAUGACGAUGGCGAUGGCGAUCGGAGGAGCGAAACGAGGGCCCUGACAGAGGACAAGGCAAAGGAAAUCAUAGAAAGAAAGUUACAUUGUUUUGAUCAGUCUACAGUAUUGUUAAAGAUAUUGUUUGUCUUUGUUGUUGAAAGAGAGAUGCGAAAUCUUGCAAAUAAGAGGUCCGGUCUGUGCAGCUGCAUUCGUUGUUCCUAA